AUGGCCUUUCGGGCCUUGAGACCUUCAAUGGUCUUCACGCGACAAUUGACAUUUUCUUCGCGGCGCAUGGUUGGACCAGGAAAUGCAAAAGAGCACGACACGGCACCGGGUCACCGUAAGAUACAGACGGAAAAGACCCUCAAUCCGCAUAUUACCAAUACGAAUUCAACCAUUUCUAAUAAGAUGCCACGCGUUGGAGCUCAAACGCCACCACCUGAGCUGAUUUCGUCGGUGGACUCCCAGCCUACCCCCAUAGACUCGGUACCGGAGAAUACGGAGCGCAUGACGGGUGGCACACAGAAAGGAUGGCCUGAAGAAGAUUACAGUGAUGAAAUGGGUGUUGGGGAGCUGCAAGGAGCAAAAUUCAAGAUUGAGCCCUUGCGUAGAACGGGCGAGGACCCUCCCACAAUGAGAGCCAGGUUAUUAUACCAGAGUCGGAAGAGAGGAACUCUAGAGAGUGAUCUCUUGCUCUCUACUUUUGCGGAAGCGCAUUUACGAGAUAUGACGCCAGUACAACUGGCACAAUACGACCUAUUCUUAGACGAAAACGAUUGGGAUAUAUAUUAUUGGGCUACCCAGGAGCCGACGCCGACGUCGCCGGAGACUGCUGAGGGCGCUGUUGAUCAACCCCAAAGUGCGAAACGAGAGACGGAGGAACUGAAACCCACUCAGCCAACAAGUGGAGAGUGGGCGCAAACUGUUGGGACCUUCAAGCCAGCGUAUCGCCCUGUGCCGGUAAGAUGGAAGGAUAGCGAGGUCUUAAGCAUGCUGAGGCGCCAUGUCAUCUCGAGGUCUUCCGGCGGUAUCCAAGAAGGGGAAUCUGGUAUUAGUGGCGACGGGUUGAGCCAGAGUGUCAAGGGCACAGGUGGUGGCGGAAUGGCAUUUAUGCCUCCUCUUCCUAAAAACGAGCGGUUAUGA